AAAGACUCCUGCUAUUUGUGAAAUGCAACUAAGCAAUUGUAAUGAGAUACAGUUUAAGGAAUUGCCAACCGGAAUGCAAAUGCUCGUAAUUGGAGGAUUUUCCCAACGAGAGGGAAUAAUAGACUCCAAUUGCUGUCUUCAAGGGUUAGUAAUCUGUGGUCGUUCAGUUAAUUCCCUUUUUAAGGAUGGCCUUCCCUCUACAUUAGAAACCCUCCGCAUAACGAGCUGUUACUCACCUGUGUCGAUAGACUCCAACAGCUGUCUUCAAAACUUAUCAAUCGCUUGCUGUCAUUCACUUGAGGGUAGUUUUUCCUCUACAUUGAAAACCCUUGACGUUUACAAUUCCCAGACGCUCGAGCUCCCAACGCACCUGCACUAUUCAUCCCUUGAAACAUUGUCGUUGACCACUUUUUUUACUCCCGAUUCCUUUCCAUUAGAUUUAUUCCCAAAGCUUUAUCAACUCAAUUUGUGGAGGUGUGACAAUCUGAAAUCUCUUACGGUUCCAGAAAAUUAUGAACAUGAUUUAGUCACCUUGAAGAUUAGUAGUUGCGAUAGUUUUGUGUCAUUUCCAAACGGAGGAUUGCGUGCCCCCAGCCUUGCAUCGCUUUCGAUCAUAGAUUGUUGGAGUCUGAGAUCGCUUCCUGAGAAAAUGGGCACACUCCUUCCGUCUCUUGAGGUAUUGCUUGUAAGUCAAUGUCCAGAAAUUGAGUCUCUUCCUGAAGGGGGCUUGCCUUCCAAUCUGAAUUCAAUUGAAAUCGAUCGUUGUGACAAACUCAUUGCGAGUUGGAUGGGAUGGGGUUUGCAGAACCUCCCCAUUCUUAAAGAUUUGUCAAUCGGUGGAACAAGACAUGACGAUGCGGAGUCCUUCCUAGGGGCACGGUUGCUCCCCACCACUCUCACCUAUCUUUCCAUUGCCGACUUUCCAAAUUUGACAUCUUUCGACAAGUUUCAACACCUUCGUGCUCUUCAAGUCCUGGAGAUUUCUAAGUGUCCUAAGCUCAAGCACAUGCCAGACAAGAAGGAGUUACCUGCCUCUCUUUCUAUUCUAAAAAUCUCCGGCUGUCCUUUGUUGACAAAAAAAUGGCAAGGUAAAAGAAAAGGAAAAGAAUGGCGCAAGAUUGCUCACGUUGAACAGAAAUGGAUUGAUUACCGUUUGAUUAUUGAAUAAGCCAAAGUCGAAAGGGUCUCCAGUUUCGAUACAUUUCAGCAUUUGCAGCUAUCUAGGAUGCUCUGUCCACUUGUUAAUUCUUCAUUUACUUCACUAUUCCGGACAUAAGCAGUUGAGUCAUGUAACAACCCAGAAUGAUCGAGAACUCCAUUGAGAAUUGGCUUCCUGAUAUCUAGCCGGCAUUGAACCAAUUGGAAGCUGGUGUUGUUUCUGAUACCUUCAAUUAUCAAAAUGUUGAGAUGAGAAACCGAAGCUAGACUUAGAUGGUGACAUUAUCUGUUGACUAAGAGGCGCGGGUAGUUAUGCCUUUGUUUUUGGAGCUGCAUGUGGGCAGUGCACAUAAGCAUUUACUGGAGUAUAUAUAUUUAGCUGGAGAAUGGGAACACUCUCCAUAAUGUCAUGAAUGUGUAUGUGUAAAGGCUUCGUUGGAACGCUGAAAGAGUUUGUCUAAAAUCCCAUGGUUGUUCCUCUCUAACGAAAUCUACCAUCGGUCUGAAUUGCAGAGGACAUCUUCCUAAAACUGACAAUGGGAAUUUGAUGCCACCAUGUAAAUCAUGUGUGGAGUGCUUAAAAGAGUGUCAAGUUAGUCUCGCUCAAUAGCUGAUGCUAGUGAAGGGAGGAUUCUUAAUAAGAAUGUGAAGUGCAUCUAAAGUAACAAGUUGCUGCGUUUAUAUUUUUGCUGACAUAUCUUCCAAGUGAAACACCGGGGCCACGGCGAAAGUGCAGAGAAGUAGAACUUAUGGACUUGAGAGGAGACGGAAUUGGAAAGCUUCAGGAAUGGUAUAGGGUCUAGGACAAGAAAUAAGUUGUAUUAGCUUUCCACUUUAGUUUCUUUCUUUAUGUGAGUUGGGCUUUAUUUUUUUUUUGGGGGGGUGGGCAGUUACCUACAUGUUUACACCUAACGAAGGUUCUCUCCAUAAAUUGUUUAUAUUCCCCGUCAAAAGUUUGUAAAUUGUCUACUUAUGAAAAUGAUGGUCUGUGCUCCAUUUGUCAAGAUGGAGGGGAUCUUUUGUGCUGUGAUGGAUGUGCAUGGGCUUUUUCACAUAGGUUAGUUUGUUUCUUUUUUGAAGAAGUUGUGUAUUGCAUGAUUGGAAAGAUAAACUUUUCUGUUGAGAACCGUCGCCAUUGAUGCCUCAUGAGUCCCACUCAUUUUUGACACAUUAGCAAAACGCCAACACACACUCUAUGGGGGACGCGUGUGGUCAAAAGGUUAACACCCAUAAAUAGAGAAAAGAAAGGGAGGAGAAGGGGCUUCGUCUUGACUGGAUAUUUCUUCUCCCUCUCUCAGGCUCUCUUUCUCUCAAAUGGUCUCUGGGGAAGCUCAUUCUUGAGAGAAUAAGAGACCAUUAUUUUCACAUUCUUUCUUAUUCCAAAGAACAUGCAUGCUGACUUAAGCAUCGGAGUGUCUUCGGCUCUGGCCGAGGACCCUCUUACGCCUUCUCUGUUUUGCAGGCACUCUAUUCUCACAUUGGGGACCCCAUUUCAGCUCAGCUGUACAAUGACUGUUGAGGUAGUUUGUUCCGACCCAAAAAUUGCAAUCAGCAGGUGAAGUAUUAAGCAGCUGAAAGGGAUGCCGGACUUGAUCCUGAAGAACAGAAAACUAAGCGAUGCAUUCUUACUGUAAAACUCCAGAUUUUGACUUUAGUGGAUGUGUAUUAUCCAAUCAGUUCUGUCAGCUGAAAUGUUCCAUAAUAUUUGGGAAGGAAGUGAAGUGGUAGAGCUCCCUCUAGUAGCAACAAAUGCUAAUUAUCAAGGAUAGAACCAUGUGAUACCAGCGGCUGAUGAAGCUGAAUCAUUAUGGACAAAAUUUUGAUUUUAUUAAACCAAAAUGAGCGCUCGAAGUCAGUCUUUGCAUACUGAAUUAUUGGUGCUCAGGUGUUGAGAGUACCACAAAAAUUUUGUGAAAAUGGAGAAGUGAUGCAGCCCAACUUGCAAAUGGGGCCUUAUGGAGGAUCUUGAUUCUUGAGUAAAGCGAGAAGGCUUCUGUGUUAAGGAUAAACAUGAGUUGCAUGAGCUUCAUGCUAAUACCCAAAAGGACCCUCAGCUCCAGCAUGAAAAAUCAGCAAAAGCAUUCGCUAAAGAUCUCCAGGUUUCUUGCUGACUUACUCCUCCACAUCAGCUCACAACAGUAACACAGAACAGCAGCCUCUUCUCCUUGAAUCAUGUUGCAAACUCAAGCUCCUUUAUUCACGGCCUGAAUUACUUCUGACAAGCCUCUCAUCUCAGUACACUAUCAGCUGCUCUGUGCCUCAUCACAGCCCACCUUCGGUCCUCUCAAUUUCUUCUUUUGUGUUGCUGUGUAUUAAUCUCCAUUUUACUCACUACCAUUGGGGUUUUUUCUCUUCAAAGGAGUUAUGUUUUGAAUUUGUCGCUGGAGCAUGUGGACUUGCACCAAUGAGCUUUAACUCAAAUGGUAGGGGGUACUAGAAAUUCAAUGGAGACCUAUGGACCUUAUGAAAGUAUUGUGCCAAAUCGACAUCAUGGGCAUUUUGGUUUCUUUUUCUUUUGUUGGAAUUGUAGGUUCUGAAUUACCAUUCAGUACCUGAUCUCGUGAAAGCUGCUACAUGGGAAAAGGUAAUCCAAUGGCAGCAGAGGAUUUUAUUGUGGCUAUGGUAUGAUUGUGUUAAGGUGGAUGAGUUGAUUAUAGUAACGGAAUGGGAGGAUGUCUAACUACCGCCAGCACUAAACCAAUUGCAAGCUAGUACUAGUUCUGAUACCUUCAAUUAUUAAACUGUUGAGAUGAGAAAUGGAAGCUGGAUUUGGAUGGUGACAUUAUCUGUUGACUUGCUGGUUUAUGGGCAAAACUUAGUCACCGAAGACAGUUUGGUCAGUCAAUUGGCAAAAUGGAUUGAUACAUCUUAGGCAAGCUAUCCUGUCAACCUUGUUAUUGUGGGCUCAAAACAAUUUCAAUGAGAAUCCAUUUGAUUUGAGCAGAGUCUUGAUCACCCAGCAUUUGAGGUUGGUGUCCAAUGUGCUUUCAUUGUUGGUGAUUACAAGUGCAUUUCUGCAAAUAAAAUGGCUGGUGCUUUUAGUUAUUUUUCACAUUGGCAGUGCAUCUCUUGGUAAAGCAUGUGGGAUCGAUACUUUAAGAUGAGCCCUAAAGUUAGUUCAAAUAUCAACCUUGAAGAGCUUCAUUUUAUUCUACAAGGAUAUGACCUUUAGACCUGAUCUUGGCUUCUGUGCUGUGGCAUAGAAACUCACAAGCCAAACAAAACUUAUCCUGUGGUUUCUGCCCAGACAUUUGGUCGUGGUCCGGGUGGGGCUGGUGGAAAUAGGAGUUCUGUUGCCACCAUAAUUAUUUUUCUGUUUAUUGGAUCUGCAAAUGUUAACAAUACUCAUGCACCAGAAAUUGCCAAAAGGGACGUGGUUCUGUUGCAUAGAUUGUAACAGAAUUCAUUGUGCUUUGGAGAAUUUGGUAUUUCGCAGAGAACAAAAGCUUCCAUGAUCACUUUCAGUCCUUGUUUACUUGCAUUCAGAACCAUGUGCUGCCAAUGGCUGAUGAAGCUGAAUCAACAUGGACAGAAUUUGGUUUAUUCGACCAAGAUGAGCUUAAUAAGUAGAAGAAACAUUACCACAACAGUGCUGCAAGUCAAUCUCUGCAUGUUGAAUUAUUGGUGCUUGCAAAUGGCCUCAUGGUGGAUCUUAAGUGAAGGAGGAAGGCUUCUGGAGUGGAAAUUUUCGAUUCUGCAAGAGACAAAUCUUGUGUGGUGUUUGCUUCACCUUGGGACGAACAAUAAUGUAGCCAAGCAUAGGAUAGAUGCUUCUGUGCGACCCUCGUGCGCCAUUAGCUCGAGCGAAGUUGCGAUAUUUUUUAAUAAAGACUACUUUUGUAACUUUACUUUCAAUGUUGAAUCCUAAAUUCUAUUUAAGCACAAUAAUGCCAGCUUCACCAUCUAUUUGUUAUUGUUGUUCAGUUUGAUGAAUAAGAAUACUUGAGAGCGAGUUUCUCUUUUGUUUCCUA